AAUUUAGAUAAACAUCAAUUAAUUGAGAUCAUCUUCAAUUUCCCAUUUUCUUCCUCCUUGAAUUCCGUGCCAUUACAAUCCCUCUCUCAUAAUCGUCUUCUUCAGCUUCAAAUUGCUUUUCCUGAAUCUGCAAAAAUGACAAUUCAAACAUCUCCUAAAGAUGAUUCACUCAAGGAUGCAAGGAGCUCAUAUUUCGAUCUGCCACCACUUGAUGUAUCAGUAGCAUUUCCCCAGGCUCAACCUGCAUCUGUAUUUCCUCCAUGUGCAUCUGACUAUUAUCAAUUUGAUGAUCUGCUCAAUGCUGAGGAAAGGGCUAUUCGUGCAAAAGUUAGAGAGUGCAUGGAAAAAGAAGUAGCUCCCAUCAUGGCAGAGUACUGGGAAAAAGCUGAGUUUCCAUUUCAGAUUAUACCGAAACUGGGGGCCUUGCAUAUUUCUGGUGGGACUAUUAAGGGUUAUGGUUGCCCUGGUCUUUCCGUUACCGGAAGUGCUAUUGCCACGGCUGAGGUUGCUAGAGUUGAUGCUAGUUGUUCGACAUUCAUAUUGGUGCAUUCUUCUUUGGCAAUGCUUACAAUUGCGUUGUGUGGCUCAGAAGAUCAAAAGCAGAAGUAUUUGCCUUCUUUGGCACAAUUUAAAACUGUAGCAUGUUGGGCAUUGACUGAGCCUGACAAUGGAAGUGAUGCAAGUGGUCUGCAAACAACUGCUACAAAGGUUGCUGGAGGCUGGAUAUUGGAAGGUCAAAAGCGCUGGAUAGGGAAUAGCACAUUUGCUGACGUGCUCAUCAUAUUUGCUAGGAAUACUGCAACGAAUCAGAUAAAUGGAUACAUUGUUAAAAAAGAUGCACCUGGGCUUACUGCUACAAAAAUUGCGAACAAGAUAGGCUUGCGGAUUGUUCAGAAUGGAGAUAUUAUCCUAAAGAGGGUGUUUGUCCCUGAUGAGGAUAGGCUACCUGGUGUCAAUUCUUUCCAAGACACAAAUAAGGUACUUGCAGUUUCACGGGUCAUGGUCGCUUGGCAACCUAUUGGCAUUUCCAUGGGUGUUUACGACAUGUGUCUCAGGUAUUUAAAAGAGAGGAAACAAUUUGGUGCACCAUUGGCCGCAUUCCAAAUAAACCAGCAAAAGCUUGUGCAGAUGUUGGGCAAUGUUCAGGCAAUGUUUCUUGUUGGUUGGCGUCUUUGUAAAUUAUAUGAGAGUGGAAAAAUGACCCCUGGUCAUGCAAGCAUGGGAAAGUCAUGGAUAACCAUCAAAGCAAGAGAGACAGUUGCUCUUGGUCGAGAACUACUUGGAGGCAAUGGGAUCCUUGCCGAAUUCCUUGUUGCAAAGGCAUUCUGUGAUCUUGAGCCCAUAUACACGUAUGAAGGAACAUAUGACAUCAACACAUUGGUGACAGCAAGGGAAGUCACUGGUAUUGCCAGUUUCAAACCUGCUGCAAGGAGCCGCCUAUAGACUUGAUUACUAUAACAAGAGAAGAGGCAAAAGAGCACAGCAAGUCUGCAAGAAUACCUGAUAGCAUCGCCAGUAAAAUACUGUUUAAGAGUAAAAGGCACGACUGUUAUCGCCCGUAAAAAUAAUGUGUAAUGGAGAGCCCUGGUAGCUAUUUUAGAAGGGAUACUUGUAUAUUAUAACAUCAGGCUAGACUAUAAGCCUUAUUGAAAGACGGACAACGUUCAAACUAAAAACAAAGCACACAACUGGAAACGGGAAAUGCUACUUAUAAGUAUAGCUAAAGUUCAACAGUACGAAAAGCAACAAAAGUGGGCCCUCGAAUGGUCACUGCAUUCCAGAAAAAGGCCUUCAUUCAUGGCUGCAGCAAAAGGUAGGAGGAAUGAAAUGCAUUUCAUAUCCUCUGCAAUGUUCUAACGUUGCCGGGGAGUUCCUUUACAUGCUUUAAACAAAAUUCAACUGAAAAAUUUACAAGCUGUAAAAUUAUGUUUUUUGGGGGGAUUUAUUGUUCUGUAUAGGUAAAGAUUAAAAAAUACUUCAUAUUUUCUUCACUCGCCAAGAACAACGUGCAUAAUGACAUAAUAAUGACUUGGUACAUAGUGAUA